GGCAGCGCACACCCAUGCUCAGUCAGCAGCACGCCUGAAGUAACGUGAAAACCUCCCUUCCCUGGGCUCAUCAUCCUGAAUCCGCUUUGCAGUCGCAGACCCAGCGUUUCCAUCAAUGUGCAGCCUGGAGGUUAUCACAGAGAUUUUUGCUGCCCUCUGCUUUGUGCUUCAUAUCGCUGCUCUGUCCACAGAGCACUGGCUAUCGAACGUCAAUGAGCACAUGGGGCUGUGGAAAGGUUGCCAUGGAACACAGUGUGUGUUGUUUGGGGUACAAGUUCCACCAUACAUGCAGGCUACCCGAACCUUGAUGUUGCUGGCGUUGUUAGCUGGAAGCUUCUCUUUGCUUAGCAUUACUUCCAUCUUCUUCCAGUGCCCCUUUGGCUGCAUCUCCAAACCAAGGAUCUCAACAAUAUUCAGCACCAUCGCAGGCUUAUUUGUUCUGGUUUCGGUAUGCGUCUUCACCAGCCAUAUGCGACCAACUGAUAAUUCGGGGUGGUCCCUGUACUUGGCCUGGGCCUCGAUUCCUCUGUGCCUUGUAACUGGUGAGUAUGUGUGGCAUGGGACAGACUGA